AUGAGGCAACCGUUGUCGUCAGUUCUUCAGAUCACUCGUUCUUAUUUUUUGUGUAAACAUUAUUUGCAAUGUAAAUGUUAUUCUUUAUCGCAUUUUACAUGUAUCGAUAAAAACGUUUCAUACGAGCGCUUGCUAAAAUCUCCAAAAGUGACUUCCGGCGGGUCUUUUUUCGGAAUCAUUAUUGUAUUAUGUACUUGCAUAGUUAUAAGUUAUGAAAAUGUAACCAAUGAACUGUUGAGGAGCCGCCACAAUAGACUACGCACAAACUUUGGUAAUGAAGUUAAAUCUGGGGAGUGGCCGCAUCAUGUCCUUAUCUUCCGAUUGUAUGAUAAAUAUAACUCACUGUAUCGAGCGUUUUGUGCCGGCAGCAUUAUCAGUGAAGACAGGGUACUGACAUCGACUAACUGCUUCUUCACUAAUAGAAAAAACCAAAGACAUAAGUUUGAACAGGUUCGAUUUGUGGCCGGUAUUCUCAAGACUCUGGGCAAGCCACCAGUGAAUGAAGACUAUGAACAAUGGCGAUCUUUGAAGCAUGUGUAUACGCAGAAAUUCUACAGAUUUCCCGCUUUCAACCUUGCUGUUGUUAAAUUAAAUAAACCAUGGGUUUUCAAUAAGUUUAUCAAUAAAAUACCGUAUGCGAGUAUAGACCAAGAUUUUGAUGGAGUUUGUACGGCAACCGCUGUGAAGGCUACGAGAAGCUGGUCAGCAGUUAGAUAUUUAUAUACCGAAGAGGUUGAAAUGAUGCAAAGAGAAGAAUGCGAACAGCUUCUGUGUAGAAGUUGCAGACUAUUUAUGUGCACUAUAUUUGAUAAUCGGAACCAGCACGCGUACUCUGAAACUGAAGGUGGUGGAUUAGUGUGCUACGAAACAGGGGAUCCAGCGGAGGUAGACGUGAACCAAGGUGUUUUGGUCGCUGUGACCACCAUCGUCAACGUUGGUCUUCCAAACCUCCACAUGCGUGUUGGGUUAUUCAAUAAAUGGGUGACGGACAUCAGCUGUGACCUGCAUGUUAACAAAUUUAUAAUGGUACUUUAUCAAGUUAUCAAGUGA